AUGAGUCAGUAUGAGACACGUGAAUUUUCUAGAGUUGCAAUAGCUUGCGAGACAUGUCGCAAGCGCAAGCGCAAGUGCGACGGAGCGCAGCCGAAAUGUUCCUGGUGUUUAGCAAAGGAUACUGAAUGCCACUAUAUUACGGAGAGACCCGCGAAGCGAAAGCUUGAUAGGGACUAUGUCGCUGGACUAGAGGAUCAGAUCGCCUUGCUGAAGGAGGAGGUUCGGCGGCUGGAGAACCUCAAUCCUACCGCUACAAGGCCUGAGCAUAUUGCCUCUAUUCUAGCUGAAGAUAGCGAGUUGGGACAGAAGAGACAGGGGCAGGGGCAACGGGCAGACGAGACGCUUUUCCCAAGCACAACAACAGCCAUCGAUGAUGUAAGUGCGCUCAUGUGGCGGAUGAACAUCGAAAGCAGCGGCGAAACAACAUUGAUUGGCCCAUCUGGUAAUUUCUGUUUCCCGGUCCCUCAUGCCGAUGCGUUUGAAGACGAUUCCCGGUUACACUCCGGUGAAGCAGCCUGCGAUCGGCCAUCAAAAGAAACAGACCGGCUGGGAAUCAUUACCCGACUACUCGAUGAUUUUACCCGCUUCAUUAACCCCAUCCAUCAGUUUCUCGACAAGGAAACUCUGACCACGCUCCGCAAAACAGACCUCAGCGAGGGUCUAGCACUCAUCAAAACCGCGGCCAUGGCAGCAGGGUCUCUCUAUUCUGAUAAUCCGGAGUGUAAGGCUAUGGGCGAUGAGGCAGCUACAAUGGUAGAUGCCAUGAUUAUACAGGCCUGUCGGGAGAAUCCCAGUGUCUCGACGGUCCAAACUCUUUCUAUCAUGUCCUGGCGGGAACUUGGGCUGGAGCAGCACAAUAUGGGCUGGAUGUACAACUCAAUGGCUGGAAGUAUGGCCCUGCAUCUCGGCCUAUCAUCCACUUCGGUACAUGAAGCUAAGAGUCUUGCCUGUGUUGACGGUGUUACGGCCAACAAUGUCCCCAGCGUGAGGUUAAGGGCGCUUUGGUCGACAGUGUUUAUGGACAGGGUUGCCACUUGCCUUCUUGGAAGGACGUGCAUGUUGCCCUGGAGACGCAUCCAGGCCUCCCCAUUCCUCGACUCACUGGGCUCGUCCCCUUCCCUGGACGAACUGGUGUUUGAUCAUCACUGUCGACUCUGGUUUAUCUUUGACCAAUACAUGGACAGAAUAUACUCCUUCGAAUUCGGCGACUUGAGCAGCGAGGAGCGGUAUCGCCUUCUCCUAGACGCUCGGGAGCACCUCCUCUCAUUCCAGCGCCAGCUGCACUCUCAACUCCAACUAAGCAAAGCUAAAACAGUACCCUCGGUCAUCUUCCUGCAGAUGACCAUGAACAUGGCCCAGAUCCUGAUUCACCGGCCGUACCUCAAAGAGUCCGCCCAGAGUAACGCGUACUGGCUAAGCGUCCGCACCAUGUCAACAGCAGCAUCAGGAAUGGUCCGUCUGAUCCGCGAGUACCGCAAAGUAGGAGCAUUCGACCAAGUUCCUCCCUUCGUCGUGCAUAGCGUCCUCACUGCGGCGGUUACGCACCUCCUCAACGCCACAUCCUCGAACAGUACACUCCGUAGUCGGUCCAUUGCCCGGUUCCGAGUCUGCUUCGAUGCCCUGGGGGCCAUGCAACAGCGGUGGACCAAGGCGAGACGCGCAAUCCGGUUACUGCGAGGGCUGGCGCGCAGGUGGCAGAUCAUGGCUGCACUGCCCUUGCAAAAUGGAUUCGACACCCCGGUCCCGGCCGAAACGGCCUCGGACUCGGCACUGUCAGGAACAGCGGAUAUUACGGUGGUCUCUGAGUCGUGUGUCGACGAUCUUAAUCUGGCGGACUUUUCUGCCCCCGGUCUCUUCCCGGACCUUGCGGCGUCGUUUGAUAUUGCAGAUAUUAUGUUUUAUCAGGGAGAUGGUUAUGACGCGGAGUAUUUCGGAAACUCAAAAGAACUGCCUUGA